GAUGCAUGUAACUUUCUUCCGGCUGGGUUUAUACAACACAUCCAUGUGCUGAGACUAGAGAAAUGGGAUCCUUUCCUGUGAGAACUGAAGGCGCGGGUGCCUCGGGGAAAAUCGUGAGGAGGACGGAGUGGAAGUGGUGAGUAAUGGGUUUCCUGCACCUGUGUGGAAGAUGACCUCACUGCCUACAUGUGGAUGGGACCAUUGUGAUACAUUUGUGAUUUAUCUGGAGUGUCGGUCAAACCGAGAGCUGUACACAACGUGAAAUAAGUAUACCUGCAUAUUGGUAGGACGGUGGAAUUACUGCAUGUUACUACCACUGUACACAAUAAUGAGUAAUGAAAGCAGGCUAUAUGGAACAAGUAGUGGGGCCGGAUCCUACAGAUUAUCUAGGCGACUGCUGUAACCCCGAACCUGGAACUGUUGAUACUUUGAAGUGGGUUCGCGGAAAAGAGCAAUCGCAACAGAGGCACAAACUGAAGGAUUUACCUGGGCUGUUCAGACAAGGACUCAGUUUCCGGAGGAGAAGUACUGGCGCGGCCUUAUCAGAAGCAUUAUCUGAUCCAGUCCUUGGAAAUUCUCCCAGAAAGGCUUAUUCAGAGAACAUUUUUUGUGCUGGAAAGGUUCUCCGAGAUACUUUUUUGAGUCAGGCAUCACAUCUGAUAAAAGAACUCAGAAGCUCAGCUACCUGCAGGAAAAUGUGCGCUGGGUCUGAAAUGGUGGACUGGCUGGUAGAAAACUGUCCAUUUCUGCAGUCCAGAGUGAAAGCAACAGGGGUUUGGCAGAUUCUUCUAGAAAUGGGAAUUCUGUCACCAGCAGUAGAGAGGCGCCAUCUCUAUUUUCAAGACACUAGUGUACUGUUCCAGUUUUCAGCUGAAGGAUGUGAUCACCCAGUGUGCUCAUUUGGGACUCAGGAGUGGCAAAAAGGAGUUCAGCUUUUACUGCAGCUGGCACCACAAGUUCCAUCACGACGAAGUGCAUGUAGUCUGCCUGCAUUAAAAGUAAUAGAGGACAAGGUUGAAGUUAAUGAAGAGACACUUCAAAUCCAGGCACUUGCUCAUUUAACAGCUGCGGUGCAAAAAGAGCUAGCUGCUGUUCUUGCAGUGAAAGCAGGAAAACAUUAUGAGCCACAGGAAGAAGAAAAUUCUACCAAAGCAGAGCUGCAGUCCUCAAGGGAUAUCAUUAAGGAAACAGUGGUAUCGAAUAAGAACUGCUGUUCAUUAAGUCCUGAAACUGUGCUGAAAUCAGACAGACUGGAAUCUACAGUAACUAGUAAGAACUAUUCUUCAAGUCCUGAAACUACAUUAAAAUCAGUCAGAAGAAUGAUAAGUCGAGAAAUAGAUGAAGGAAGGUUUAUGCCACCAUAUAGAUUGCAAUCACUACCCAGGAAGUGCCACACAAAUGUUGAACACCAAAAGGAAUCUCCAGUAAUCCAGGAAAAGUCUAGUGCUGCCACCUUUGUGACCACAGUCGAACCUGUAAAAAGAAUGGAAUCGAUGCUAAUAAGGGCAAAUUGCUGUUCUCCUAGUUCUGAAAAUACAAUGGAACCAGUGAAAAGUAUGGCCAACUUAUUCUGCACGCUGCAAGAGGGAGAAGACAUCCAACGGAUAGAAUUAGUCAGGAGGCUUGCAAGAGAAAGCUGUCAGUUUCUGCAGGCAAGCAGGAAAGGGUCCCAAACAUCAGCUCAGCAGAAUGACAAGGUGCCUACCUUGCAAGAAAAAGAAGAGAACAAGGAUGUUUUGGUGCUUCAGAAUGUGCUGCCAGAAAGCCCCGCCCCCUCAGCAGGGAGUGCCAACUGUGAUUGGAGGUACAUGGUUGUGUCCGGGACCCCUGAGAAGAUUCUGGAACAUCUCCUGAAUGACUUGCACCAGGUGGAAGGACAAGGCAAAGAGACAGAUUCUCUGCUUGAUGAUUUUUUGCUCACUUACACUGUCUUCAUGUCUACAGGGGAUCUUUGCCAAGCACUACUAAGGCAUUAUUGUACCAAAAGAUAUGGAGAUAAGGAAGAUGAAUCUGAUGCCCUCUUCAGGAAGCAGAAAGUCUUACAGCUGGUAUCACAGUGGACUACGCUAUACAGGGACUGGCUAAGAGAAGAUGAACACACCAAGCUGUUUUUGAAGACCCUUUAUAGGUAUAUUCUCGAUGACCUCUAUGAGUAUCCCAGUCUAGAGAAAGAGCUAAAGGAAUUUCAAAAACUGCUUCGGAUGCAUCGUCGGCAGUGGCUGUCAGGAAUUCUUCACUGUUCAGAGAAACCGUACCUUAAAACAAGCCAUGAAGAUGAUCACACUGUGGAUGAAUACUCACCACACAGAAAGAAUAAAACUCUCUUCCACCAAUUCAGUCUGAGGGAAAGUUGGCUUCAACACAAAGGAGCUAUAACUGAAGAAGGAGAAGUUUUCUGCCACAUUUACAUAACGGACCAUUCCUAUCUGAGUAUGAAGGUAAAGCUGUCCACUUUGGUGCAGGAAGUGCUGAAGAUGGUUGCAGAAAAGCUCCAGUAUCUGGAUGAGGAGCUUGCCCUUGUGGCAGUGGAAUUCUCUGGAGAAAAACGUCUACUUCAGCCAAAUGACUGCUUCAUUUCCAAGUCUAUGGUGGAAUCUAGUCGUGUGUUCGUUUGCAGACAAGAUCUUACAGAUGUUUUGAACCUUUUUGCUGACAGUGAGGAGACUUUGUACAGGACAGUCCGAAUGCUGGGAAUAAAUGCAUGGGACUUAGCUGCUGGACUAACAGACUUUGACUGGACCCUAUUUAAUGCCAUCCAUGAGCAAGACCUGAUCUGUUACAUCUUUAGCAGCCAAAGCAGUGGAGGAAAGACUGCUAAUCUUAACCUUCUCCUUCAGCGAUGCAAUGAAGUUCAGCUCUGGGUCGCCACUGAGAUUCUGCUGUGCAAUCAGCUGUGUAAACGAGUACAGAUGGUGAAGAAGUUCAUUAAGGCUGCUGCUCACUGUAAAGCACAGCGGAAUCUUAACUCUUUCUUUGCGAUCAUUAUGGGCUUGAACACUGCAGCUGUUGGGAGACUUUCCCAGACAUGGGAGAAAAUUCCUGGGAAGUUUAGGAAGCUGUACUCUGAAUUGGAAAGUUUAACAGACCCUUCUCUAAAUCACAAAGCCUACAGGGAUGCAUUUAAGAAAAUGAAGCCUCCCAAAAUUCCUUUUGUGCCACUACUAAUAAAAGAUGUAACAUUCAUCCAUGAAGGAAACAAGACAUUUCUUGAUAACUUGGUUAAUUUUGAAAAGCUGCACAUGAUUGCAGAUACUGUCCGACUAAUAAGGCAUUGCCGAAGUGACCAGAUGCGCAUUGAAAGCACUUCGAAAGAGCAGCAAGAUGUGAAAAUGUACAUACAGCACUUACACAUCAUCGAUAGUCAGCAAAUAAUGUUUGAGCUCUCCCACAGGCUGGAACCUCGAGUAUAAAGGCCAGAGGAUAAGGACAGCAGCUCAGCAGCUGAGGAAGUCUUGGAGCUGGGUUUUCACACUCAAUAAGCACUUUUAUCCUGCACUCACUGAAGGAGACACUACUGAGUUUUAUCAGUAGUAGUUUGCAAAAAGGAUGGCCGUGCAGGCAGAGAAUUAACAAUUGUGCCGCUGAUUGCUCACCAAUCCUGUCUUCAAAAAUACAAGUGGAGAGUUUUACAGCAGAAGAGAUAUGAAGAUAAUACAGCAUGGUCUACAAGUAAUAAUCCCAAAGUCAGAUUAGCUUUGUACUUGUGGGACUAAUGAGUGUGUGAUACAGCAUGGGUUUGCUGCUGUCUUGUAUCAUGCAUGGUGCUAGCAUCCAGCAGUUGCAGAAACUUAUGGGAUAUCUCUGAAUAUCUAAUUCACAAGCUGAAAUGGCUUGUGACUAAAAUGUAAAGGGGAGUAUAUUGCUUUGCUUUCCCUACAGCAGAAUUAUUUUUCAGCCAGAAAAUACUGUAUAGUGUACUUAUUACGGAUUCUGUUUUUCUUAUACAGAAAAAAAGCCAUGUAUAAACUCUGUAGGUAUUUAUUAAAGACUGUCUGUUAUUGGGCUUUAUGGACAGACUGUUACUGUGUAUUAUCAAUUAGUCACUCAUAAUAUAUUGGAAAAGCCAUUGUUUUUGGGCAUUCCAAAAGUGUACAGUAAAUAAGGCUCUGUAGCUAAUUAAAUAUUUAUUUAAUGAAACGCUUUCUGAACCUGAUACUUAUUGACAGCAAGACAAAUGUAGCAGAAAUAUGUUACAGAAUGGGUGUCUGUAUACAGUACGUUUUAACAUGUCCAUGUAUAUUACUGCAAACAGAUGAUCCUUCCAUGUUUAUGAAGUGCACCAUGUAAUGGAUUUAUGUCACUCAGUAUCCUUUAGUUGGUUUACAAGUACAGCUGUAUGCAGUGGGUAGAAAUGUAGAAACUAUUGAUGUCAGUCUUUCACUGCUCACUCUGAGCACUGUAAGUCGCUUGAUGCACACAUGAACACAGUGUACUUAUAAUGUGCACGCUGCAACAUGCUCACUUAUAACAUGUGUUUGUAUUUACACACUUGAUACAUGUGGAUUGUUAGACUGAACACCAGCAUUCUGAUGGCUCCUAGUUUUGUAUGCAUACAGUGUGACUUCUGUCUCUGUCUUUGAUGUAUCAAAAAGGCUGCCAGGUACUCUUCAAUGUUUUAAGUCAUGCCGAAGUACUAAGCUAAAUUCUAAAUGUUGUUUCUCUCUAAAAGUCACAUAUACCCUUCAGUAGUUACUGGCUUUCUCAAAGUACACUUUAGAUGCAGUAAGAUUAUUUCACACUAACAGAUAUUACUGUUUCUGUGGAGAAAUGUGAGAUUACUGUCAGCGGUGCAUUGCAAAUUCAUUUCUUGAGCACUGAGUGAAUAACAGUGGAGUCUGUGCCAGCUUUCUCACAGAAGUAUUUGCAUUUAAGUGCAUUGAGGACCCUGCAAAACUCAUUUCCAUCACACAUCUCAACAGUGAUGGAAAGAAGCUAGGCAAUGACAUUGCACAAUGAAAAAUACUGCUGGAACUGCUACAGGACAGACAUGGUGGCACACUGAAGUAUGUAUUCAUGUGUAGUUUGCAGGUAUUAGUUCUCAGUCAGGUAGUUUCAUAUGGUACUAGACUACCCAUGAGAUUGCUAAACCCUCUUGAUAUAUAUGCUAUGUAACUCAUGGAAUCAUCACUGUAGCCCCCAGUAUGCGCACACACAUUUCUGUGAAGUGUUACUCAGCAUUGUUGAGUAGAGAUCUGACAUUUUAGCACAGAUGGUUAAGGCUUUGUGCAGCUCAUGAUAUCUGUCUUAUAGUGAUGCUUUCGAUUUUCGAUGGCAUGGCACUAAAUAAAUCAUUAACCAGAUAGCUUUCCUAAGUCAUCAGUGAAAAGAGAAAUUUGUGCCUUGUGGAUUUAUGCAGUUAACAAAUAAAAAGUAAGUGUG